AUGCCGCCUAAAGGACCAAAGGCUGCACCGAAGGCGGCCGCGCGCAAGGGCCCCCCUGCCGCGAUGCUUGCGAAGCUGAAGCAGCACAUGGAGCGGCAAAAGGAGGAGGAGGAACGACGGUUAAGGGAGGCCGAAGAGGAGGAGCGGCGGUUGCGCGAGGAGGAGCGACUUGCGGAGGAGCAGCGCAAGUUUGAGUUGGCAGAGCGUGCCAAGGAGAAGCAGCGCCGCAAGGAGGAGGAGCGGCAACUUCGCAAGGAUGCAAAAAAGGACGUGAGGAAUGGGGCGCUGGAGCGCAUGGCGGCGGCAGGUUUUAUCCUCCCGGAUGUCGACAAGAUACGCGAGGAACAGCAGCAUGUGCGUGACAAACCGCGGCAUAAACCGGAGCCAAAGCCGCGAGAAAAGACGCAGGUGGCGCACCCGAAACAGGUCGAGAUGGCGGCAGCGCCCCCAGAAGAAGAGGAGGGGGAGGAGGAGGAAGAGAGCGAGGAUGAUGGCGAGUUGACGGUGGCAACGGACUCCGAAGAUGAGGUCGAUGAGGACGACUGGGAGGCGCUGAUGGAGCGCGAUGACCGCCGCGCCGCACGUCACCUGGAAAACGAACGCAUUCGUGCCGCGCGCGUGGAACGCGUUGAGCAGCGGCGCAAAGAGAAUGAAGAACGUGCCCGUCUACGUGCCGAGGCGGAAGCAGCGGAACGUGCAAAGCAACAUGUACUCGAGAGUGUUGCAAGCCUUCGCUCUCCCAUAUGCUGCGUUCUCGGCCAUGUGGAUACGGGCAAAACAAGUCUGUUGGAUCGUAUUCGCUCCACAAAUGUGCAGGGCGGUGAGGCGGGUGGUAUAACGCAGCAGAUUGGUGCAACAUUUUUUCCACGUGAGGCCCUUGUUGGUGCCACAGCGGAUAUUAAUAAGAAAUAUCGCUACAAUUUGAAUGUACCAGGAUUAUUGGUGAUUGAUACACCCGGUCACGAGUCCUUUACAAAUCUGCGAAGCCGCGGCAGCAGCCUUUGUGACAUUGCAAUCCUUGUUGUGGAUAUCAUGCAUGGUCUGGAGCCACAAACGCGCGAGUCCAUUCGCCUGUUACGGCAGAAAAAGUGCCCUUUUAUCAUUGCACUGAACAAGGUGGAUCGGCUAUAUGCUUGGGCAGCAAACGAAAAUAUGGAUAUUGAGCAAACACUCUCAAAGCAGAAGGAUAAUGUUUGCAGUGAGUUUGACUCACGUGUGAAUCAGAUCAAGCAGGAGUUGAUGGCGGAGGGUUUUAACUCGGAGUUGUACUACAAGAACAAGGAUAUGCGAAAGGUGGUUUCUAUCGUUCCUACCUCGGCAAAAACCGGUGAGGGCAUCUCAGAUCUCCUUCUGUUGGAGAUUCAACUUGUACAACAGUUUAUGGAGGGCAAGGUGACGUACAAGGAUGACCUUCAAUGCACCAUACUUGAGGUGAAGCCCAUCACAGGAUACGGUGUGACGGUGGAUGCCAUCCUUAUCAAUGGUGAGUUGCAUGAAGGGGACACAAUUUGUCUGUGUGGUCAAAAUGGUCCUAUUUUCACGCAGAUUCGAGCUCUUCUUACACCACAGCCGCUUAAGGAGCUGCGUGUGCGUGGUGACUACAUCCAUCACAAGCAAAUGAAGGCGGCGAUGGGUAUUAAGAUUGCUGCCAAUGACUUGGAGUUUGUUAUCCCAGGCACCCCAUUGCUUGUUGUGCAUAAUGGCGACGAUAAGGAAAAAAUUGCACAUGAAGUCAUGAGGGAGGCUAACAGUAUUUCUGAUCAAUUAAGUUCGGAUGGUGUUGGCGUGACGGUGCAGAGCUCCACUCUUGGUUCGCUUGAGGCGCUUUUGGCAUAUUUGAAGGACAUGAAAAUCCCUGUUGCGAGUGCCUCUAUCGGUCCGUUGCACAAACGUCACAUGAUUCAACUGCUCUCCAUGAAGCGAAAGGCGCCGCGCUACGCGGUGGUAUUGGCCUUCGAUGUGCAGGUUUCCGAAGAUGCACGCGACAUUGCAAAGAAAAACGACAUUGAUAUCUUCGAGGCUAAAAUUAUUUACCACCUUUUUGACAUGUUUACCCGGUACGUUGCUGAAUACGAAAACCGUGAGAAGGAACGGGCACGCGCCAUUGCCGUUUUCCCAGUGCAGCUGGCAAUCAUUGACGAGGCCAUUCAUAAGUCUGACCCGAUCAUUCUCCCAGUGAAGAUUGAGCGCGGGCAGCUUCACCCCGGCACUCCCCUCGCGAUCAUGAGGGGUGAUACGCCGCUACUGCUUGGCCGUGUCAUGUCCAUCGAACGCGACAACAAGAACAUCCCCGUUGCCCGUAUGGGGAACGAGUGCGCCGUGAAGAUCAACUCGGGAGAGACAGGCGUUGUGUACGAUCGCCAGUUCACCAAGUCAGACUCGGUGUUCUCGCUCAUCACGCGGCCUUCCGUGGAUGCGAUCAAGAAAUUCAAGGAUGAACUCUCAGAGGAUGACAUUAACCUCCUGGCGACACUUAUAAAGGUAUUAAAGGUCCCACCGCGGUAA